GGAUGCGCAGAGCAGGGUGAGAGUAAGAGGGAGGAGGGAGACGGUUGGACCUUUAAGCCGGCGUUGAGUAGCACGCGGCCGACGACUUCCCGAUUAGGAUAUCCCGUCCGGGGUAUGAUGACCAAUACGACGCCUCUGAAGUGAUCCCGCCACCUCCUGCUGCUUAAGCUUACCCCGCAUUCGUGUCUCCCUACUUGAUUGGCCACCGACGCACUCGCCAACCCUGCUGCUGUGUCGCCAUGGCGGAGUACAUCUCGGAGACGUUCCCAGCCUCGAAGCUGGGUGAGUACACGGUGAUCGAGGAGAUUGCGGAAGGGACGUUCGGGAAGGUCAAGAGUGAGUACCGCUCGAGUGUCAUCGCGGUGGACUGGACUGAAUGGGUGGUCCCAGUGGCGCUGCAUACGAUCACUGGACACAAGGUUGCUAUGAAGUUCAUCUCGAAACAGGUCAUCGCGGCGACCAAGACGAAGAAUCGCGUCCAGCGCGAAGUCGAGUACAUGAGGAUGCUUCGGCAUCCGCACAUCAUCAAACUUUACGAGGUCAUCUCAACACCCACCGACAUCAUCAUCGUCCUCGAGUAUGCAGGCGGCGAGCUCUUCAACUACAUCGUCGAGCACGGCCGGAUGCCCGAGCAUAAAGCGCGACGGUUCUUCCAGCAGAUCAUCUCCGGCAUCGACUACUCCCACCACCUCAAGAUCGUCCACCGUGACCUCAAACCCGAGAACGUCCUCCUCGACGCCGACCAGAACGUGAAGAUCGCCGACUUCGGGCUGUCGAACGAGAUCAAGGACGGCGACUUCCUCAAGACGAGCUGCGGGAGCCCGAACUACGCCGCGCCGGAGGUCAUCCGCGGCGGCUUGUACACAGGCCCAGAGAUCGACGUUUGGAGCUGCGGUGUGAUCUUAUAUGUCAUGCUCUGCGGACGGCUACCGUUUGAGGAUGAGGACGUGACAUCCUUGUUCACUAAAAUCAGCCAGGGCGUCUACACUAUGCCCAUUCACCUAUCUCCCGACGCGCAGAGCCUCAUCUCACGGAUGCUCGCGGUCGACCCCGUCAAGCGGAUAACCGUCCCUGAGAUCCUCCAGCACCCCUUCUAUAAAACCGAGCUACCGCGUUACCUCCAACCCCUACCGCCGAAACCGGCUGUCCUACCAACGCUGGCGUCCCUCGUCACGCCGCCGGUGAAGGCACUCGACUUUGAGAUCAUCGAUGGUCUGGGGAGGGUCGAAGAGGAUGUUGUAGAUGAACUCACGGCCAGGAUGGAGGGCGUAGACAAGGAGGACGUCUGGGAGUCGCUGAGGAGAGAUGACGGUCCGCAGGGCAAUGCGGUGAAGCCACGAAACUUGCUGUCACCUAGUGCGCUCUCUCCGGGGCCUCCCGAUCUCGAAGAAAAUCCGUUCGACAACGAAUUCGGCGGGUACGACGAAGACGAUAUGGAUGACGGACUCGACUUCUCUACACCGCAAGAAGCGGAGGUCAACAACUUCGCUGUGCUCAACUCUUCCCUGCCCGAUCAGCUUCCCGAACAGCACCAUCUCGCGUCCUACGCUUCCGCCAAACGGCUGCCUUUCAAAGAGAAGAAGCAGCACCGGACGAAGUGGCAUUUUGGCAUACGAAGCAGGAGUCCGCCGAUGGAGGUGAUGCUCGAGAUCUACCGGACGCUGAAGACCAUCGGGAUGGAGUGGAAGGCGAAGAAGGACCUGGGCGGGCUCGGUGGCGCGCAUAUCGAGCGGAAUAGAGAGCUGGACUCGCCGCACUACGUUGAUCUGCGUGCGGCGUCGUCGAUAUAUUUCAUCGAAUCACGGGCAAGAGUCCAGGACGUCGUGGUUCUGAUGAACCUCCAGCUGUAUAUGGUCGACUCCAUCAAUUACCUCGUCGACUUCCACCACAAGAAGACGUAUACAGCCGAGACGGCGUCGCUCGAGUCCAGUCGGUCCCUGAAGGAGAUCAACAUCAAGGAGGACGAGGUCGUCUCGCCGUUCGUAUUCAUGGACGUCGCAUGUAGAUUGAUUCUGGAGCUCGCGGGCGGCGGGGAGUAGGCUGUCUCUUGGGAUCUUUAGUGCGCGUAUUUGCUUUCGAUGUCGUCUGUGCUAUGCCUGCGCUGCUUAUUUUUGGUUACCCCCGCAUUUGUAGCUCUGUUCUGGUGGUUGGGAUGUAAGAGUACGGCAAAGAAGUCAUCACUAGCUAUGUACGAUGCCACUAAUGCGAUGGCGUUGAUCGCGAGCAACCGAUGCACGGUGCGAUGUGAGAAGACCAUCGGAUAAAUCUA